AUGCGGACCAUGACCACCAUGCUGACCGCAACCGCCAUGCGGCCCACCACCAGCAUAUGGACCACCAUCAUCAUGCGUACCACCACCAUGUCAACCACCACCACCAUGGGGACUACAGCUGCCAACAUGCGGACCACUAUCAAUAUGCGGACCACCACCAGCAUGCGGACCACCACCACCAGCGGACCACCACAAACAUGUGGACCAUUGCCGACAUGCGGACUACCUCCAGCAUGUGGACCACCACAAGUAUGCGGACCACUACCACCAUGCGGACCACCACCAACAUGUGGACCACUGCCGACAUGUGGACCACCACCAGCAUGCGGACCACUACCACCAUGUGGACCACCACCACCAUGCGAACCACCUCCAUGCCGGCCACCACCACCAUGCGGACCCCCCCAUGCGGACCGCCACCACCAACAUGCGGACCGCCGCCAACAUGCGGACUACACUGUGCGGACAAAGAGUAAGCUAAUUAACCAGAAAUGUUAA